AUGAUUACGACGAGAUACACAGAAUCGGAAUGGCGCGCCAUGAUCUCAGGUGUUGCGCGCGAGCUCGAGGUGUACGAGCAGGACUACUGUCCUGACCUGGACAAAAUCGACAUUGCACGUACCAUUGACCACACGCUGCUCAAAUUGGAUGCGACGCCUAAGCAGAUAGACGAGCUGUGCGCAGAGGCCAGAGUUGCCAACUUUGCUAGCGUUUGCGUCCGGCCCAACUAUGUCGCCCAAGCACAUGCAAAUCUUAAAGGCAGUACCGUCCUGAUCGCAAGCGUCAUCGGUUUCCACCAAGGCACACAAGACACAUACUACAAGUUACAAGAAACUCGAAAGGCUCUGACUGCCGGCGCACACGAACUCGACGUUGUCAUCAAUUGGCCUCUGCUCAAACAACAAGAGUACAGCGAGAUCUACCACGAACUAGCCCUCAUACGCUCCAUGGCUCCCCAGCCUACCGUCCUCAAGCUCAUCUUCGAGACCUCUCAACUCGCUUCAAGGGAUAUCGUCGCUGCCUGUACCAUUGCUUCGGCUGCAAACUUUGACUUUGUCAAGACAUCAACAGGCUUCCUCGGACAUGGCGCAAAAGUUGAAGAUGUCAGGCUUAUGCGUGCGGCUUGCGACUACCUGGCAGACAAACGCACCGACCGACACAGGAUGCAGGUCAAGGCUAGUGGAGGUGUAAGGACUGUCGAAGAUGCUAUCACCAUGCUGAAAGCCGGUGCCACUAGAUUGGGCACUAGUGGUGGUAUGUGGAUUGUCAAAGAGAGCAAGGAACAAAGAGUCAGAAAGUCAAGCCCUGUGCAGAGCGAGAGAAGAGGUUCGAGGCCUACUUUGACCACGAGGCUCUUUACUGACUACUAA